AAGAAGGAGAACGAGAUGAAGAAGAAAUUCAAAAUCACCGGGCAGGAGGACGCCAUGUACCAGGCGAAGGUCACGGUGACCAACAAGGGACGCAAGAACGACCUGCCCGUCACCAGCGGCGACGUCGUCAGCAUCAUCCGAACCACCAGCUGCCCGAAAGGGAAAUGGCUGGCCCGGGACCGCGGCAACAAGUGUGGCUACAUCGCGGUGAAUCACGUGGAGCUGGACAUCAAGGAGAUGCUGGAGCUGGGGAAGAAGGCCGCCAACACCCGCUUGAACAACAGCAACCACGUCAUCGAGGAGGAGGACGCCCAGACGGGGAGCAGGGUCUCGAACCACUUUCCGAUAACGGUGGAAAGUUUCUCAGACGACAGCGAGGAGUGGACCGCCGACGACGAGGAACCUCUCACUCCGGCCCCUGAACCUGAAUACCCGCUGGUUUCAACCGAUCACGCCAGGACGCUCGCGACGCCAGACGUGGGAAACAACGAGCUGAGCCUGAACCACGCGCACAGUCGAAGUGACAUCAGCACAGACGACCAUGACGUCCAAGCCAGACAUCAAGCACUUCAUAAGUUGGCCACAUUCUUCCACUCACCGAAACCUAAGGAGCCAGCUGCUGCCAGCCACACUGAACCGGAAACAAGUCCUGUUCUCGUGAAGGAGGAAGAAGUUCCUUUCCACACUGAACCAGAGACAAGUCCUGUUCUCGUGAAGGAGGAAGAAGUUCCUUUGCCUGCAGCUACGUCAACGCAGGAUUUCGAUCUCACUGACAUGAUCAUUUUACCUCCUCCCGACCUGUACGCCGACUUCACGGUGGAGUGAGGACCGACCAGGACAGCCGGACGAGAAGCCGCCAGGCUGAGGAACCAGGAACCGUCUCUGCUGCCGUUGUUCUUCUCACCGUGACCCCGUGUGAGUCACCUGACACUGAGACUACCUUCAUCUUCUUGACUAUGUGACCUCAUUGACCUGGCGGCCGCCUUCGUGGAUCAGUGAGACGACGAAGAAGAGGAGCAAGACGAGGAGGACUUCCCCCACUCGAGCCUCUUUUUCUUCAUGGUGUGAAACCAGAGAGGGACAUUAUUUUUAUACCCGGUGGCUCUGAAUGACUUUGAACCUCGGACCGAGGAUCCAAAGGAAAGGGACUUACCACCUGCCGACAGGCUUCAUGUGAAAAUACCAGAUGUAUAUUUAAAGUGGUGGAAAUAAGGGGAGCGCAAUGGGAAAUGUGUAUUUCCCAUCAGACCAGUCAUUUUCCUCCAUGUUUUCAUUUAAUAGUCUUUCUUCUGUCAGGUUGUCAGAUCCUCCGUGUGUGUCCUAAACACUUGUUACCAGUUCACAGUGUUGGUGGCAAAGGGGCAAUAUCUCAAUAUAACUGAUGAAAACGUAUUAAUGAACAAAGACUUAAAGGAGCAGUGUGUAGGAUCUAGUGACCUCUGGUGGCGAGGUUGUAGAUUGCAACCAACUGAAUGCCACUCGGCUCAGGCCUCCCAUUUCUGAGCGUGUUGGAGAACUACUGUGACCUUUAGGUAACCAGGCGACCUCUGUUUCUGAAAGGUUAAGCCAACGCAGGAGUGUCUUAACUCUGCGUUCUCUCUACUGGCCACCAGGGGGCGACUCUUCUGGUUGUAUAGGAGUCUAUGAUUCAUGUGUUAAAGCUGCGUU